AUGCAGUCAUAUCAUUCAAGGACUGUAUCACUCCAGCCAUAUUGCUCGAGUAUAAAGUGUGGGUUUCGUUUGGUGCACGAGCAAGAUGUGGAACAACUCAACCAGAUCAUGAUGAACAAAUCCAUCAUCAAGAGCACUACUACUUGUCCUACCAAAUCAGCUGAUGAACAAGGUCAACAACGUCACGAUGAUGAGGAGGCUAGUCCUAGUAGAAGUUCCGCUCUCACCAAAAAUCUCUCUUCUGCAAUACCUAUGCUCUUUCCGAAGAGCAGACCAAGAUGA